CCAUCAACAUUAUGUCAAAAGUACUUGAUUGAACUCAAAACCACAUUUCUCUUGCUCAUACUGUGACAGACUAAAUGACUCAAGAACUAACAGACCAACGUGCUUCCUUUGAGGUGAAGGUACAGCCGAGAACUACCUACAGCAGACCUACAAACCAAAAUCAGACUUUCAAAAUAGAAUAGCAUGUGUGUUAGGGAACAUCAGUGAGAGUUGCAUUUGAAGGAAAAUCUUUGACAUAAAAGCAGGAAGUAAAUAAGAAGGGAAGUAAAGAGCAAAAACAUUAGGAGAUGAAAAAAUUAUGAGAUUUCUGAAAAUAGGUGAACUUCUCUCUGUUGUUUCAUGAGGAAGCAAGCAACCAGUGAGUGAGAAGAGUUGGGCACUGCAGCAAAGCAACCACAGACAGAACAGCUUGCCGCAUGUUGUUGCCGGAUAACAUUUUGCAAGACAGGAAACGAGAGAAGCAGAGAGACAGAACCAGAGUAGUCACGGACUAGUUUUUCAUCCUUAACAAGUGCUAUAAUCUCAGAUAUAGUGGUGAGUCAGAGGAGAGAGAGGCGAGGUCUCCUAUGAAGGUACCGUAUGCACAGUGAAUUCUGAAAAUUUAAUUUUGUUUGAUUCAUCCUUGACAGAAGAGAAAAACAACUGAGAUAUACACCCUGAAAAUCUAAAAUGGGCACUGACGAAAAAGAUUCAGUGCCAGCGGCUCAACAACCACAGAAGGAACAAGGAUCAACAGAGAAGGAAAACGAAUCUCCAGCAGAGCAUCCUCCAGGACAAGCAUCUGAGACCACCGACCCUCUCAACACAUACAAAUGGCAUACCGGCUCAAAGGGAACGCUUGAUGAGGUGAAAGAAGAAGGAGAAGGAGGAGCAGCUUCUUCAACAUCUACAGUCGAUAAGAUUCAGAAGGCCUCAACCAACAAAUGGAGCAAGAUGCAAAACUGGCGCAAGGCCCUAAGUGAGGAUAAUGGAGACAAAAAUUCAAGUGGGAAAAGUGGAGAGGCAACCAAGGCGGAUAAGGGUGCUGGAGGAAACCGAAAGAACCCCUUCAGAAGGGCCCUGUCCGAGCCUCCUGGGUCACUGUUUGCAGCCCUGUCCCCUUCCUCCAGCUCUGCCAACACGCCCCAUGCAGCUCCAUCGUCAACUGCUGCAGAGGCCUCAGGGGUCUCCUCCACAGACCCUUCUCAGCGAGGAGGCGGAGGGGCACUCUUUAAAAAGUACCUGAGGACAGUGUCCCAGAAACUCAAAAGGCCCAAGCUGCAGAGUCGGAGCAGCACCCCCUCAUUACUGCCAGAUCCGAGUGAGGCUGAACUCCCAAGACUACAAUGGGCACCACCUCAGGAGGUUCCCUUAUGGGACAUUAGCAACUGUGUUCUUGAAGAUGGACAAAUUUUCAUCUCUCCAGAGGAAGAGCCAACAAUGUGGACCCGAAACCGUGUCAGCAGCUGCCUGUCCAAUCUCAGCAUGCAGAACCUCGUAGACAUCGACACAGAAUGUAGCCCUGACCAUGUGGGCCUGGGAGGUGGCCCUCGACCAAAGAACCAAGAUGGUGGUGUGAGGGCACUGAUCAAACGACGUCUUGAGAACAAGGCCAAGAGGAAUAGCAACACUCAACUGAACCCCGUGGGACUAAACAAAGGAAACAGACACUAUGGCUCCCGGGAAUCUGUGUCAAUUCCUGUCAGUCCAGUAGGAAGUCUGGAUCUGAGUGCAGACACCAGCACUGUCAUCAGGCCGGUCCACAGCUCUAUUUUGGGGGAGAAAUACUGCUUUGAGGUGAUAAACUCUGAGAACACACACUGCUUUGGCUGCUCGUCAGCUGCAGAGCGUGACCGUUGGAUUGAAGACCUGAGACGGGCUGCCCAGCCUAAUAAGGAUAACAUUGAGCGCACAGAAAACUCCCUAAGUCUGUGGGUAAAUGAAGCUAAGGAUCUGCCACCCAAACGGCGUUAUUACUGCGAGGUACACCUAGAUGGGACCCUGUUCGCCCGCACUAGCAGCCGAUCUGUUGGCAAGGCGUCUAACCGCUCCAGCCUGGCAGGGGACAGCUCUACUGGGUCUUCAGGAGGCCUGGGGGGCAGUGGAGGUAUGGCUGGAGGGUGUCAGCUAUUCUGGGGUGAAUUCUUCGAGCUAGACAACCUGCCCUGUGUCUCCCAAAUCACCCUGCACCUUUUCCGUGAAGAGGACCCCAAGAAAAAGCGUCACUCCCGAGAUGAGUUUUGCCUGCAUCCACUGGGCAGCGUGGCCAUACCUUUAGCUGAGAUCCGAGGUAGGACCUAUCAGGAAAAGUGGUAUCCCAUCACUCCAUACAAGGCCACGGGCACUGCUGGGAAAGAACUUGUGGGGCAACAGGCUUCCCUUCGCAUCAAGGCCCGUUUUCAGAAUCUGAAGGUGUUGCCCAUGGAGAAAUACAAGGAGUUUGCAGAGUAUGUGACCUUGGAUUAUGUGGAAAUGUGCAGAAGUCUGGAGCCACUUCUGAAUGUGAAGGAGAAGGAAGAGCUGGCAGGAGCUCUGGUCCAUGUACUGCAGAGUAUCGGCAAGGCCAAGGAGUUCCUCAUUGAUUUGGGCAGUGCAGAGGUCGAGCGUCUUGGAGAGAAGGAGGCACUGAUCUUCAGAGAGAACACACUCGCCACUAAAGCCAUAGAUGAAUAUAUGAAGCUGGUUGGACAGAAAUACCUCAUUGACACAUUAGGGGAGUUCAUCACCCGUCUUUAUGCUUCAAUGGAGAACUGUGAAGUUGACCCUCGUAAAUGCCAUGCCUCUGAACUCUCAAACAACCAAAAGCACUUGAGGGAAACCUGUGAGGAAGUGGUGCAGAAAAUUAUUGAGAAACAUGGAUCCUUUCCUGAAGAGUUACACAAGAUCUUCUCCAGCUGGGUGGAGCUGUGUGAGGACCAGGGCAGAGCAGAGAUUGGCCAGCGUCUCAUCUCUGCUUCCCUCUUCCUCCGCUUCUUGUGCCCUGCUAUCCUCAGUCCUUCUCUUUUUGGUCUGACACAGCCUUAUCCAGAGCCAAACACCCUGCGUACCCUCACCUUAACUGCCAAAGUCAUUCAGAAUCUGGCCAACUUCACCCUGUUUGGAGAGAAAGAGGAGUACAUGCUCUUCAUGAAUGAAUUCCUGGAGCAGCACUGGGAUGGAAUGAGGGGCUUUCUACAAACUGUGUCCAAUCCAGACACCGAAAUGCCAAUGACUUCCUUUGAUGGCUAUGUGGAUCUUCCUCUGCGCUUAGCUGUGCUGCAUGGCCUGCUGGUAGACAUCAUCUAUCAGAGGAACCAGGAUACAAUUGACAGGCUGCACCCUCUGCCUUCAAUUCUGAACCAGAUAACAGAGUCACUGGGCCCUGAGGCACCUCGGAUCAUAGUUAGAAGCGAAAUGGGACAAGUCAAGCCAGUCUAUGUUCCUCCUAAAGACUUGGGCAAAUACAGCCCUCACCAGUCUUCCCUCCAGCAGCUUCCUGUGGACUCCAAAGGCCUACGAGAUGGGGAUGGCAGAACUCGGAGAAGUAUGAGAGAAAGGAAGCCAGUCACCAGAACUCAGAGUGCCCCACACAGACGUCCCGGUCACACAAAACAUGCCCUGAAGAGGCAGAUAAGUUCUGAAACUCUGCCGACAGCUGACAAUGAACAAGAGAUGGAAACAAACGAACCACUUAUCUCAUCACCAAAAACCAGUGACAGUAUCAAACGUCCACCUGCACCAGUUCCCUGGAUCAAAGACAUACAUAACAGGGAGCCCAGUGAGAUGAAGACUCAGAACGAACAGUUCAACUUACUAGAUAGGCAUGCUCAAGAACUGUCAGAGCUUCGUCUGGGGAUAGAGCAGGUGACGGAGCGUGAGCUGGAUAUGGCAAAGCGGCUUGAGGACUUCAUUAUUCAAAGUCAGGACCAGAAUGUAAUACUGCAGACUGAGGUGAACGAGCUUCGCAGUCUGCUGGCUGUGCGAGAAGAGCAGCUCGCCAGUGCCACCUUCAGGUUGGGUGUGAUUGAGGAGGAGAGGGAGGAGGAUGAGAGGAAACUGAGUGUUGCAAUUGCAGCAGCUGAACGAAUGAACGUACUGGAGGAGCAGUUUGCAGGCUUGAUGAAGGACCUUCACCAGCUCAGUGAGGCCUACAACAGUGGCCAAAACAAUAUACAGCAUCCUGAAAAGCCACACAUCAACAGCAACUGAACCCUGAUAGAAAAAGGUUCAGAGCUACAGUAUCACCACAAUUUUGUAUAAAUAAAUAUAUAAGUAGUGAAUAAAUAGUUAAUGUGGAAACCCCUACCUGAAGUCACAAUCACGGUUUCCUAAUUAGAUGUAAGUUUAUUUUAUGAACAUAUUCAGAAUGAAUGUGGGUGAAACAAUUAUGUCCCAGGUGAACGUGAAACGUACUGGAUUUGUCUGCAUUUCAGCCUUUAUUGUAUCUCAGCUACAGAUGUGUUUGACUUGUAAACCUUUCUGAUAAAUAAAAGAAUACUACCUGUCUGUUUA